AUGGACCCCACAGAUAGGUCUUCUUUGAGAUCCUCCGAUGAACGACAUCGACCGGAAUCCGAUUGCAACGAUGGCGGAUUCUCGCUAUCAGCCCCCGCGCCGCAGAGCUUUACCCCGCGGUCUCUCCUAGUAGGCCUGAUCAUCGGUGCCCUGAUCACUUUCUCCAACACCUACUUCGGUUUGCAGACAGGAUGGAUCAGUACAAUGGCCAUGCCAUCUGCGCUGAUCGGAUUCUCCGUCUUCAAAGUCCUGUCCAAAUACUUGUCGUAUCCAUUCACUCCUAUCGAAAACGUCCUCAUUCAAACGGUGGCAGGCGCGGUCGGGACAAUGCCGUUGGGUUGUGGGUUCGUCGGUGUGAUACCCGCGUUGGAAUUCCUGUUGAGGGACGGAGAGGAUGGUCCGUCUGGUGAUGGAGGUACGGGAGAGGGAGGACCAUUAAAAUUAAACUUUGGGAAGCUGGUCCUUUGGAGUUUGGGCGUGUGUUUGUUUGGUGUUGUCUUUGCCGUUCCACUGCGGAAAGAGGUGAUUGUCCGAGAGAAACUCAAGUUUCCGAGCGGAACGGCCUCUGCACUGAUGCUGAGAGUUCUCCACGGAAAUGGCCAGAGUGAGGAGAAAACGAAGACUGGCUCCCGCCGAUCCGAGAGACCCCAACGAGACGAGGAGGAAGAACCGCUGGUUUCGCGGGAUUCUGACGAGGUUGGGACACUGCUGAAACAGGAUGAUCCCGAAGAUCAAAGCGACGAGAAAAAGGAUUGGAGAUCAAAGAUGCGCCUACUCGUCGGAGCUUUCGCUAUUUCUGGUGUUUACACGCUGUUCUCUUAUUUUGUCCCGCAAGUGCGUGAUAUUCCCAUCUUUGGGCUUACUCUCGCCCAAAAUUGGCUGUGGACCCUCAACCCGUCUCCGGCCUAUGUUGGACAAGGUAUUAUCAUGGGCCCUUCAACGUGUAUGCACAUGCUCUUUGGCGCUGUGCUAGGCUGGGGUGUUCUUUCUCCUCUGGCGAAAGCCCGCGGCUGGGCCCCUGGACCGGUUGAUAGCUGGGAGGAUGGGAGCAAAGCAUGGAUUGUCUGGGUCUCCUUGGCCAUUAUGCUCGCGGACUCUAUUGUUAGUCUAGGCUGGCUGGUCCUCAAGCCUCUCAUUGCACGCGCGCCCACCCUAACGGCGAAAUUACUCUCGAGCGACAUUGGCCGUUGGGUCGCGUCAAAAACGCCGGCCACCUCAGUUCGCCAUCCUUAUGUCAGUUAUUCGAAUUUGAGCCCGAUCUCCGAGGAGCCUUCAUUUAUUCAAAGUCAGUCCGCAUUGUCUACUGGGAGACGUAGCGACGCUAAUGAUGAUGACGAGGAUGCACCCCCUUCCCAACUCAUUUCCACACGAACCGUCAUCAUCUUGCUUCCCCUUACAUUGAUCCUCAAUGUUGUCUGCAUGCACUUUGUCUUCGGGGAUGUUAUGUCUCCGCUGCUUUCCAGCCUUGCCACAUUGCUUGCUGUCCUGCUUUCGAUCAUGGGUGUUCGCGCUCUCGGCGAGACCGAUCUGAACCCAGUCUCGGGGAUCAGUAAACUGACCCAACUACUGUUCUCCCUCGCGACCCCGGCCUCGCACUUUUCACGGCGGACGGCACUCGUUACGAACCUCCUUGCGGGUGCGGUCUCCGAAUCCGGUGCGCUGCAGGCCGGCGACAUGAUGCAGGAUUUGAAGACGGGACAUCUACUCGGCGCCAGCCCCAAGGCCCAGUUCUACGGCCAAAUGAUCGGCAGUGUAGUGGGCGCUGUGCUUUCCACCGCCGUUUACAAGAUGUACGUGAAUGUCUACGAGGUGCCGGGCCCCAUGUUCCAGACUCCUACCGCGUACGUCUGGAUCUUCACGGCCCGCCUCGUCACCGGCCAGGGCCUACCCCCCAUGGCCUGGCAAGCAUCCUUGCUGGCCGGCAUAGCUUUCGUUGCCGUCACCAUCGUCCGCAUCGUCGCCGCCUCUCCUAUCGCGAACGGCGGCCAACGCGGCGUCACCGCUCCCUGGCGCGCAUGGGUCCCCGGAGGCAUCGCCGUCGCCGUCGGCAUAUUCAACGUUCCAUCGUUCACUCUCGCCCGAGCCAUCGGCGGCGCAAUUGCCUGGUGGUGGUCUCGACGUCACGCCAAGGGCACCGAAUCUUCUGAGCUCGCACCUCCGACUCAACGGGCUGCUGACGGCGACGACGACGAGACUCCCGACGGCCCCGGCACCAGACGGCCAUCCGAACAGCCCAAGGACGCCGACGUUGCGUCCUCCACCGUCGUGGUCCUAGCGUCGGGGUUGAUCUUGGGAGAAGGGAUCAUUAGUAUCGUUAAUCUCCUUCUUGCCAGCGCAAGAGUACCCCACCUGUAA